UUUGUGCCGUCUCCAACAACUACCACUCAACUUGGAAGAUUGUUUACAUCAAUAGUUUCUCGGCAACUCUAGAGCUUUCUGAACACAUUCCACGUCCUAGAACUGUCUCAAGACAGUGUCUCUACCAGUCAAAUAUUCCCCAAAAUGUCGGAAUACUGGAAGUCAACAGUAAAUAACUCCCCCUCCUUAUACUCAUUGAACCUCUUCUGACGUCCACUAGCCAAAAUACUGGUGCAAGCACUGCAAAAGCUUCAUCCGCGACACCAAACUCGAAAAGGCCAACCACGAAGCAACACCAAAGCAUCAAGGAAAUCUAAAGCGCUUCCUUCGAGACCUCCACCGCGGCCACGAAAAGGACGAAAAAGACAAGGACCGCGCGAAAUCCGAAGUCGCGCGAUUAAAUGGCUUAGUAUCCAAUCCUUCAUCCUCAUCCUCGUCCUCGAAAGACGGAUCGAGUUCGGCCUUUGGAAGAGGUCCAACGCCUUCAGUACCACAGCCAAGAGUUCAGGCUACGGCGGCGCAGAGGAAACAACAGCUCGCACAGUUGGCAGAGAUGGGCGUUAGUAUACCGGAUGAGUUUAGAGGGGAUAUGGCAAUGGCGGGCGAAUGGACGGUGACUUCUCAGCGGGUGUUGGAUGAGAAUGGUGAGGCGAAGAAGGAGAGUGUUGCGCUGGGUGUGAGGAAGAGAGAAGAGGACGAUGAGGGGGGGGAUACAGAUGAUGUGGAGAUUAAGAGGAAGAGGUGGGGGUCGAAAUUUAGGAGUCAUCCUGUUGAAGAGGAUGAGGGGGAUCUUGAUGCGUUGCUUGGUCAGGCUUUGGUGCAGCCGAAGUCGAAAGCUGAACCUGAAUCUGCGGAUUUACCGGUGAAGAUUGAUAUGAAGACGGAAAAAACUAAGGUUAAGGUUGAGUCUCCUCCAUCGGCUUGGAACGAAGUUCAGGAGGAGAGUGUACCGAAGCCCGAAGAGGAAGUCAAGAAAGAGUUUCCUGAUUCUUUGGCGGAUAUACCAGCCGUUGGAUCAGAAGAAAUCCCAAAGAAAGAGAGUGAAGAAGUGCCAACAGGCGUGGUAUUCAAAAAGCGCAAAGCAAAGAACAUCCGUCAAAAAUAAGAGAAGAAAAGAACUAGUAAUAGAAAACAUACUAAUAAUGGGAAAAAAAA